CCCAUUUGUAAUUAUUUGUGAAAUGUACUGUUUUUCUUAGUGAAAAUUGUUUCACCACUAAAUUUGCUAAAAGAAGAGGGAUCUUUACUGAACCCAAAGUGUUGGAAAAAACAACACUGAACUUGUAUGUAUGUAUGUAAAUGCAUUGUUGAGAAAGAGAAAAACAUAACCAUAAUAGUGUAGACACAGAUAAUAAUAUUUAAGAAAACGUCCUUAAUGGACUCACACCACAUUAAAAACAAGUGGUUUAUUGUAGCAGAACAGGUCUUGCUCAAGCAUAUGACACAAUCAGUACUGAUGAUCUGAAGCUAAUGCAUGAGUAAACCAUGACCAAACACAGUUGGCAAAUGUUAUUGAGUGUAUGUGGCCUCAUUUUAACACAAUGAACAGGUUGCAAAAACUGUGGGAAUUCCUGAAUUACUGGAAAUGAUUCACUCCUGAGUACAUGAGAAGAAUAUAAGAGACACACACAAGUGCUUAUUAUGAACUUACAAUACACUUAAUACUACAUCACUUGGGAGCUCUAAUCAACAGAAUAAUGAAGACUUUGCUGGUGGCCCUUGUUCUCGUUCUGGUGUUGAACUACGGAUCCGCACUGAAAUGUAACCACUGUGUUCCUCAGGGGGGCACACGCUGCACACAAACUCAAGAGACCUGUGGCUUUGGACAAGAUGCCUGUAUAGCGGCCAGAUUCAACUUCCCUCCCUUCAUGGGCUUUCGGAGAUGCAGCAGUACGACGGAGUGUCUUAUUCUCUCGAGUAACACUGCCAUGAAAGUGAAAUGCUGCCAGUCGGACCUUUGCAAUAACAUGGCCAUCAUUUAGACUGACUUCUGUCAACUCAGAACAUGAAACUGUUUACAAUAAUACAGAUGUUUAAAGAGGCUUCACCAUCUCUCUUACUUAAAGAUUUUGCAUAGUUUACAAUACGAGUUACUCAUGUUUGUGAUUUAUUUCAGCAUUUGCCACAGUUGAAUAAUUGUGGAAUAUGUGAACAAUUUACAAUUGAAUUAAAAAAAACUAAUUUAAGAGUUUGAAUAGAUGUAUGUUUCUGAAAUUCAAAAGUGAAAUAAAGGUAUACUUGC